AGCGCUUUUGGUUUUGCCCCAGGCUGUGCCACGCGACCCAUUUUUUUCCGCACCUCGCACUCAUGGCGUCCCUCUUGGUGCUGCUCGCAACCCCCUUCCUGGUGGCAGCUGAGGGCGGCAAUCUCCGGGGCUUCUUUGACACCACCUGCACCGGCACCGGCACCUUCCCCGAGGGCGCCCCCCUCUGCUAUGGCGGACAACUGCUGGUCCAGAAGUUCGCCAUCAAGGUGCUCAGCCACACGGCCACCUCCGGGGUUGUUGACAUGUCAAUGAAGGGCCCUACCACUGCGGCGUGCAGCGGGGCGGAGUUUGAGAGCAACGACAAUGCCAUUACCAUCACCAACGAGAACGGGUGUGAUCUGUCAGACUCCGAAUACACCGUGAAGUACUGCCCUGACCAAGAUCACUUCAUCAUCAACCUCGUGAAGCCGGUGAAUGUGGAAGUUGUGCUCGACAGCCAGUCCUGCGAAGCCGACAAGGAAUUCGUGCCGUGAGCGCAAGUGGAAUUCAUGCACUUUCAUGAUCCAGACCCUGGCCUCUGAGUGACCAAUGCGAUAGGUGUGUUUUGGUUGCUGUUUGUUUCU